UCCCUCCCAUGGGACGGUGGACGUGCGUGCCGGAGUGCCAACGCCUGCACACAACCGAAAUCUAGUCUUUACCUUUUUCGUAUGGGGACUGAAACGUUUGAUUGUUUCUCUCGACCUCUUUGAGAUAUUUGGCCUUUGGUGGUUGAUUUCCAUGUCAAGUGUUGGUAAGAUGCUGGCAAGAAAGAGGGGUGCUGAUGAUCUCACAAGAUUCUCAAAUGAGAAUAAAAGAACUUGCAGUGGUGGGGGAGAGACAACUGAAUCAUUGAUUUCAGGUGACUUAUGUUCGUGUGACUGGGACUCUAAUCAAGGUGUCAGGAGUGAGCUGAGUGAAGAAGUUGCAUCUAAUUUGUCCAAAUGUGUUGUCUCGCUUUGUCCAAUGGACACACCGUGCUAUUUGCAUAUAGCUAUAGAAUGCCGGAGGAAUGUCACAAAGUUUCUGACUUCAGCAAGUUUGGUUAGAGCUUUAGAAGAUGAAACAAAAGGCCAUGAUAACGUGAAGGUCCAUUUUCUCGACAAGGAGUAUAAUUCUCGAACGGUGGGAGCAUUUACGGACACGCUCGCAAAGGAGAGUAUUUCUUGAACAGGUGAAGGCUGUCAGGUAUGUCAAUAUAUUUCCAAUUUGCUUAUCUAUGUCUGUCCUUUCACUGGUUCACCCACUCUCUCCUAUUCUCCUAUCCCACUUACCUCAUCCCUACAUGAGCUUAUAAGGUAAGCUGUUUUGUAUGCCAUACAACAUGUGAGGUUUAUUAGUUUUGCAAUAUUCUAUGUUGUUAGCUUUUAUUCCUUUUGUAGAUUUUUUUUUUUGGCAUUUGUAGUUGCAGUUUUUAAUGUUUAAUCUUAAUAAAAACUUGAUCAUUUGGUACCUCUACUUUUCAAUAGUAUGUCAGACCUUAAUUUCUUUUUAAAAAUCCACUUGCAUCAAACUGGUUUACACCCGUUUGGACAACCAGUGAUUUCCCAAAUCCCGUUAGAUAUGAUGAAAUUCAUCUCGCUACGGAGUGGCCUCUUUCCAAUACUGUACAUGAGAAGAUGCAUAACCUCUGAAAGAGUUUUUGCACAUCAUCCUUAAGAUAUACAAUGAAGUAUUCACCAAAGGAUUUCAUAGUCCUUUGUCUUUUACUCCUUUGAGGAGCCUCGUUGACUAAAUUUUUAUCUUCUUCAGAUGUUCCAUUGCUUGGUUUAGGUGGUACAUAGGUUUCAGAGCAUGAUCAUGAGUUUCAUUAUUCUCGCCAGCGAUAGUGGAGCCGCAAACAAUCAUUGGUUGGUUUAGGUGGUAUAUAGGUUUCAAGAGCAUGAUCAUAAGUGUCAUUAUUCUCGCCAGCAACAGUGGAGGUGCGAACAUUGUUCACAACGUAGCGAUCAUGGCAGGUUCUCGUAAUGGUUUACCCUCAGGGGCACUUCUACAGGGGCAGUUGUACAGCAUCCUAUGUUUGGGGGAAAGGAUCCGGUCGACGACGAGGCCAGGGAGACGAGAGAGAUCGUGGAGAAGCUCUAGCCGCUAAUAUGUCCACAAGGCACAGAGGGCCAGAGGGGUUAGACGAACCGAGGUUGAACCUGAUGGCUAACGGAGCGCCAAGCUAGCAGAAGCUGGCAUGCUGUAAGCUGCUUACUGCUUAGCAGAGAGAGACUACGCGCGGUGUAAUGCGGUGAGGGAGAGCGGGUGGUGUGGUUCCUUGAGUUGGAUAUGUAUCGAAUAAUUAUACAAAAUUAGUUACGUAUAUGA